GAAAAUGUGUCCCUGACUGAAGUAGUCCAAUUUCCGCCCCACCGCCGCCCGCAACAUCUACCAAAGGACGCAUUUAAUGGGACACAAACCUUCAUUUUCAACUCUUACGUGACUGUCACAUUCUAUCUGGACUCCGCAAGCCGCCCAUGGUAAUUGUAUUAUAUGACUGAGGAUUUUGUACAAACUGCAAGCUAGUGCGCGUGAGUAGUGUCCCACCAAAGAUAACUAACGACAAAAAGAUGGAUGUGCAUUUUUCCAUUAGUAGUAUCUUGUCAAUUGUCCUUCAAGCGCUCUUGUUGUCUUCCUCAUAUGGUUCGUUGGAGCCCUACGACCUUUUAUACAAUAAUGCCGUCGACGCCUUUUACAGAAGUGACUAUAAAGAUGUAGUGCGAUACAUGGAGGGAGCGCUCAGCAGCUACGCAGAGGUCCGCCAGACUAAAGUCCGAUGUCGACUGAGGUGCCAGGACCAGCACCCGUUUGAUUCUGUUUCCAUGGACCUGCAGUUCUUUGACGUGGUUCUCCGACGAUCAAAUUGUCAAAACGAGUGCAUUGAAGAGAAGGUUGGAACGCAGUCCAUGCACAAAGUCAGCGAGGAUGUCAACCAGGAUUUCCAGAGACGAAUCCCGUACAACUAUCUUCAGUUGGCGUAUCAGAAGCUGAAGCAGUUGGACAAGGCAGCGGCGGCGGCCCACACCUAUUUCCAGGCCAACCCAGAGCAUGUGGAAAUGGAUCAGAACUUAGAGCAGUACAAGGCUCUGGAGGGAACCGAUCAGGACCACUUUGUGGACAGAGAGGCCCGGCCUCAUCAGAGAUCCUUCUCAGCUGGGGUGAAGCUGUAUGACAGUGCAGACUACAAGGGGGCCAUCGCCCUGUUCGAGGAGGCCCUCCGGGAGUACUACAGGGCCGARGUGGCGUGUCGGGCCCUCUGCCAGGGGCCCCAYAGGUURGAGGAGCAGGACCAUGUCCUCUACCGCUACAGCCUAUACGAACUGGUCUCAGACCACUUCACCCAGGRGCUGCACUGUGAACACGAGUGUGUGAGAGACCUGUCUACCCGGCCCGGCCGUCUGUCUCCCAUGGAGAACUACCUGCCUCUACACUACGACUACCUGCAGUUUGGCUACUUCCAGAUGAACAUGGUGGAGGAGGCGAUGGAGUGUGCCAAGUCCUACCUGCUGUUCCACGAGGGGGAGGAGUUUAUGACGGAGAACGUGGAGUACUACAGAGAGGCCGUGGGCCACGACGUCAAACCCCGGGAGAAAGCUGAGUGGUACCUGAGGCGCCAUAAGCAGGAGCUGGAGCUACUGGUGAUUGGCAGUGAGAACAUGCACGUGGAAUUUACAGAGGGGCAUUACUGGACCAGCACAGGUGGAAGAGAGGAUUCGAACAGGAUCCCCUCUGGUACAGAUGGAUGGAUGGAGUARGUACCCAUCUCAGAGAAGAAGAACUUCACUCUGGCCCCACCACAGGAGCUCAGAGAAGGAGGGCCCUUGGUGUAUGACAGUGUGCAGCUGGUCCAGAACUCAAAGGCCCUGAACGGAACUCAGAGGGUUCUUCUGGAUGAUGUCAUAUCUGUGGACGAGUGUGCCGAGCUCACAAACCUGGCCCAUACUGUCACUAUGGCAGGAGACGGAUACCGAGGGAAGAUGUCUCCUCACACUCCCAACGAGAGGUUUGAGGGCGCCACUGUGCUGAAAACACUGCAGUACGGCUACGAGGGCCGUGUCCCAUUGAGGAGCGCUCGUCUGUUCUAUGAUGCCAGUGAGAGGGCCAGACGCAUCAUCGAGUCCUACUUCCUGCUCAACUCAACACUCCACUUCUCCUACACACACCUGGUGUGCCGGACCGCAAUCAAAGGGCAACAGGACCAUAGAAAUGACCUGAGCCAUCCCAUCCACGCUGACAACUGUCUGUUAGACCCAGAGGCCAACGAGUGCUGGAAAGAACCACCAGCCUACACCUACAGAGACUACAGUGCUCUGCUGUACCUGAAUGGAGACUUUGAGGGAGGGGAGUUCAUCUUCACAGAAAUGGACGCCAAAACAGUCACAGCACAGGUGAAGCCCAAGUGUGGUCGUAUGGUGGGGUUCUCGUCUGGCGGGGAGAACCCCCACGGAGUGAGGGCUGUCACCAGGGGGCAGAGGUGUGCCGUGGCCCUGUGGUUCACCCUGGACCCCCUCUUCAGAGAACUGGAGCGCCUGCAGGCAGAUGAGGUGAUGCAGGCGUUGGACAACCAGAGCAGCCAAUCACAGUGGGACACAAGCCUCAACAUCAACCCCAAAGACGAGCUGUAGUAGUCCGCCGGCGCCCAAGCCCAGCACCCCCCAAAUCUUUAUAUCUAUCUAUUUAUUUAAUGAAGUUUGGAUCAGAACAAUUUUAUUUUUGUACUGUUUGAAGUGCAAGGUUAUAUAGUUGUUUGUGUUGUCAUCGUGGCUUUUAGUCUGUUGUUGUGAUUCUUUUUCUUCUUCUGUACAUACCAGUACUUGAGUUCACGUUUGGGUCUUUGUUUUUCUUUCCAUUGACUCUCUCUCUCUGUUGGGGUGAAACCCAGUCAUUGUGCCUCACACUUUAUAAGGUCCAGUUCACUUUGUGAUGACUUUAUAAGGACCAGUUCACUUUGUGAUGACUUUAUAAGGACCAGUUCACUUUGUGAUGACUUUAUAAGGUCCAGUUCACUUUGUGAUGACUUAAAAUGCUCAGUUCCCUUUGUGAUGACUUUGUGUAGUGUGCGGGUUUGCACACAAGGUUGUUGCAAUACAGACCUGUCAUACGUAUGUACAGUUCUUACUGCACUGUGAACAAGCGAAAGAGAAGAACAGCAGUUGACAUUGUCGUUUCUGUUAUAGAAAAAAAACGGGCUGUUUAUAACGUUUAAAACAUGCACUCAUAAAACAAUCGGUAGUGGGAUUAUCUCUUUCCGGCGGUGUAAACACAGUUAAUAUGUUUCAUCUAUUUAGUCAUUGAAACAUUGGCUGGUAUAUAUACAUUCGCUGAGAGAAAGAGGUCAGGCAUUUCUUUACAAACAGGGAGCUAUAAUCCCUUUCAGUGACUGACAAUAAUGAUUGAACUGGUCUGUCACUAUUUUAUUGUGCACUUUCUUCUUGUUUGUAGUGUGAGAAAGAGACACCGUCUUCAUGACUCACGUUCCCUCCCUAGCUCUGGUCCAUGGCGUUAGCAAGCCUUGGACCAGAGCUAAUGCCUCCCGUCAAUUGUAAUCAAACGCAGAGCAAGAUAACUGUUUACAAGUUAGCUCACACACGGGCAUGGAGUGUGUGUUUUUUUGUUGUUGUGUGUUUUAUGUGUCUGUUUUAAAGAUAGACAGCUGCUAUUGCAAUUGUCGGCAUUUGAUAUUAGAAGCUUUUUAAUAAAAGAUGUCAUUUAUUCCUGUUUAAAGGAAUUCUUAUAGGUGUCCUUUCCUUUCGAAACUUCCUCAUUUCAUGGGUCAAAAUAGACAGACAGGCACACACACACUGUUAAAAUCCAAUGGAAAGAAAGUGCCUUGUGUACUAUGAUAUUUCAAUGAUACAACUGCUAACUAUACGUAACUUAUCCAUUUUAAGUUAGAUUAGGGUUUUAAUCUUAUCUUUUGAGAGGGAGGAUGGCCACUGACUAAUAUUUAAAUAUAAAUUGCUGUAGCACAAACAAAUUGUUGUAUCCAUCUCUUUUGUUGUUAAUGUGUACUUAUAAAUUAAAAAGACAAUAUUUCAUAAAAUAA